AAGAAGCCACAGAAAGACGACGAAGGCCACGCAGAGAAGAAAUUCAAAGCAUGGUUCGAGUACCAAGGUGAUUCUCCAUUCCCGGACUUUAAACAUCCCACAGCGGAAGAAUGCAAGAAUGCGCAUCGAGAACUCGGUGCCCUCCAUCAAGAAGCCGUCGACAAAGAGUUCAACGAUCCGAACACUCCCGAGACCAUUCCUCAUGUCCUGGACGCCAUGAUCGUAGCCAUCCUAAGCCAAGCGACCGGCUGGAACAACGCCAAACGAGCCAUGAACAGCAUGAAAGAGACCUACGGCUCCGUCUUUGCAUACGAUGAAAUAAUGUCGGGCGGUCGAGAGAAACUCCAGGAAACGAUCAAAUGUGGAGGUCUCCACGUCCGCAAGUCAAUGAUCAUCACCACGGUUCUCAAACAAGUCCAAGAACGACACGGAAAGUGGGAUCUCGAUCACCUC